CACUAUUCCCUUUCGAUCACCAACCUCGGCCUGAGAGGUGACGACGCGACUUGACGUGGAGCGCAUUCACACAAGAUAUUCUGCUCUGGCGCAUUUCUCGUCCCUCACAUCCAUCUACUUUGUUUUCUGUGGGAGCGUUCUGCCGGGCCGCCAUGUACAAGCAAGCGUCGGUGAAGCUUCACGAGAGCAUAUCACUUCCACCGAAGUGGCUGGGGAUGUAUGGCGACUUCAUAACGAAGAAUGCUAGUGCAGUCUCGCAGAUUGAAUCGGGACUCCGCUCAUUGACGUACAUUAUACCUGGACGCUUCCGAGAGGCUGAGAUUGCCUCUGAGACUCUUCACAGCAGUGUACAAAUCCUGUCCCUAUAUCACGACUCUCUCCUAUACAAAGCAGCAUGUCGCCUCCCUCUCGCGCGACGGCCGCACCCCUCGCCGCACAAUCGCUACACUAGAUUUUGGACACAGAAGUCCCCAACGUAUCAGCGCCUCGCGCUCAUAUUGCAGAUGAUCCAACACACCGAAUUGCUAUGGGAAAUGGUCGCGAAAAGGAAAGGGGAGAAAGUGCGGUGGCGCAUUGUGAUCCUCUUGGAAUUCGUCAAAGCUGUGUGCAGACUUCUCCUCUUGAGACUGACCAAUUCCCGACCUUUACUGUCCCCGCCCCUCCCAGAACGAGAAGUGGAUCCAAGCAGCCUGGAAGAAGCAACGCCGGCGGAGGAUUUGAUUGGCACGCCGCCGAGCGAACCAUCAAGUGAGCGCUCCGACGAUGCGUCGUGGACCAUGCCGCGAACAGGCCUGUCGAUGCCCUCUUUGCCAGACUCCACCGACAUUUCAAACUAUCUCCUAUCGAAAGUCCUUACGGCGGACGAUAUCAAGCCUCCAAAAGCACUUCUCCAUCGUGUCUCUGGUAAAGGCGAACUGGCUGAAGUGCUCUAUAUUCUUCGACCUGUGAUUUACGCCAUCGCCAUGCAGAAAUGGAGUGACAACAAGAAGGCGUGGCAGCCAUGGCUGCUCGGGCUGAGCAUUGAAUAUGGGGCGCGCCAGUUGGCGAAGAAGGACUUCCAGGAGCGACUCGCAGGCGGCUUGAGAGGCCUGACCAACCUGGAGAGGGAUGAACUUCGCAAGAGAGGCUGGGCCCUCGGCUGGUGGGUUAUGCGAGGAGCGUUCUACGAGAACAUCACCAAAUCCUGGAUACACUCUGUGACUGGUAGACUCCGUGGCAAGCCUUUGCUGGACCUUGUAGGGGGCGUCAUCGAAGACUACGAGUUUCUGUGGGAGCAAUAUUACUUCCCGACCGCGACGAUGUAAUGUAUUUCCAUGUUGUGGGAAUAGUCUCUUUGUAAAAUCAGUUUGUCACAAUACGGCCUGGGCCAGAUCCUGGGCGCGCUUGGUGGAAAAUUGUAGUUGAUAUGAUCUGGUUGGGUAUAUGCAUAGCGUGGAGCAAAUAUUGGAAUGUAUCGUACAUAGUAUUAGGGCACUGUGGACCAACAAUGAUUAUCCUAUGAUUCGGAU